AUGGAAGGCGUGAAGCUCGGGAUGUGUCGGCUGGUAGUAGCAGUAGCAGUAAUGAUGAUGAUGGUUCCAGCGUUGAUCAGGGCGCAGAUUAGCACGCCGUGCACGGCUUCGAUGGUGACCAGCUUCACGCCUUGCGUCAACUUCGUGACGGGGAGCAGCGGCAACGGAGUAUCGCCGACGGCCAGCUGCUGCGGGGCGCUCAAGGACGUGGUGGCGGCGAGCAUGGACUGCGCCUGCCUUUUGCUCACCGCCAACGUCCCCAUUCAGCUGCCCUUUGGCCGAACUCCCUCCGUCUCCCUCCCCAAGGCCUGCAAGAUGGGCGUCCCCCUGCGCUGCAAAGGUACUGUUAUUAUUAUAUUUUGCUGA